GCAUGGCCAGCUUUCGGGGAGGGGGGGCAGUAACCUGAUUUCCAAGGCAACUGUUGCCACCGCACACAACACAACGUACUGGCACGUCACGGAUUAAUCUCUAACUAGGACAACUAAAGCAAUUGUCUGGAUUUGGAUUUAUGUUUUGAUUUAAUGCAAAGAGAAAUAAAAAAAAAAAAACUUUUGCCAGCUUUGACACUUUUGGAAAGUUUCAGAAGUUUAUAGAGGAAGGAUAUAAAGGAUUGAUCGUCUCUGGCAUGCCAACAGAAGAAACUGCAAAAUGAAACUACCAGCCAUCUCUACAGCUUCCACACCCGUCUGUAUCCUCCGUGACGCACCUCCUGUCCGGCAGAGCCGCUGCCUGGUGGUCACUCCCAUGACGUUUCCCAUCAUCUCAGACUCUGCCCGCCUGUGGACAAGCAAUCAGAGUAUUCCCAGACUGAACCCUUUACAUCCGCCUCUGGUCCAUAAACGCACCGUCAGUCUGGAGACACCAGCUGUUCACCACCACAACCACCAGAGGACACUGAUCAUGCAGAGGAGGGAGCAUUACAGGUAUCAUCAGGUGUGGCGAAAACCCUUUUAUGGAACCAGCAGCGAGAGAGAUGAGUACAGGAAGGAGCUGCGAGAUCAGUUAAAGAGGCAGAUGGAUGAGAAAUGUGUAACGCUGAAGCUGCAGCUGGCCUGUAAAGCCAAGGACGCAGAGUAUGUAAGAGAAGUGGACCGCCUCGCCCUGUCCAGCGAAAGAGAGCAAAGGAUCCAGCACAGCAAAGCGAUGACGGCAUACAGAGAUGAGAACAAGAGGUUAAUGGAGCAGGGCUGGAGGGACAGAGCACUAACGCGUUCCCAGGAGGCCCUGAAGGAGAGAGAGCUGCUGCGCCUCAACCCCAUUAACUGGAGUGGGACGCUGACUUAGGACAAACCUCUUCAAGAACCCACACAUCAGACACGGGCCUCCCUGUGGUACUUGAAAAUGAGGUUGAAAACACCACAUGGUGCAUGAUGGAAACAUUUGAUAAUGAUUGCAGCCAGAGGAAUAUUUUCAUCCUUUCUAUUGUACUGUAACUAAAAUGAAUAUAUAAUGAAAUGCCAAAAAUAUUUUGAUAGGUUUGCUCACUCGUAGUACACGUUAAACCUGGAAAUUUAUGUAAUUGACUUCUCUGUAUAUCUUUUUUAGACAAACAAACUAGAAACUACAAAAUGUA